AUGGAAGCUAUCAAAGCGACGUUUGCGAAAUGCAAGCGCGAAAAACGGUCUGCUCUAGUCACCUAUGUUACAGCUGGAUAUCCGACUGUUGAAGAGACGAUUGAUGUUUUAUUGGGACUUGAGAAUGGAGGAGCUGAUAUAAUCGAACUCGGUUUACCAUUCACAGACCCAAUUGCAGACGGUCCAACGAUCCAAAAAGCAAAUAAUCAAGCAUUACAAAAUGGCGUCACGAUUCCAAUGGUUCUGGACAUUGUCCGUUCCGCACGUCAAAGGGGUCUUCAAGUACCUGUUUUGUUCAUGGGAUAUUAUAAUCCGUUGUUACAAUAUGGAGAAGAGCGCAUGUUGAAGGAUACGAAGGAGGCGGGUGCUAAUGGAUUCAUUAUGGUGGAUUUACCCCCUGAGGAGGCUGUGCGAUUCAGGAAUUUGUGCACUUCGACUGGGUUGUCAUAUGUUCCUCUCAUUGCACCUGCUACAUCUGAUUCUCGGAUGAAGCUCUUAUGUAAAAUUGCCGAUUCAUUUAUCUAUGUCGUUUCGCGAAUGGGCGUUACUGGCGCCACGGGUACGCUCAGCACUGGUCUACCGGACCUCUUGAAGAGGGUCCAUCAAUAUUCAGGCAAUAUCCCCGCCGCAUUGGGCUUUGGUGUCAGCACUCGCGAACAUUUCCUGGCCGUUCAGGAACUCGCGGAGGGUGUCGUCAUUGGAAGUCAAAUCAUCACAGUCCUCGGUCAAGCUGCCGAAGGCCAAAGGGCGCAAAAAGUCGAGGAGUACAUUACCAGCGUCACUGGUCGCAAAUUGGAGCGCGAUAGCCAGGGUAAGAUUGUCAAUGAAAAGACAGUCCUCGAAGUGGUCGAGAAAAAGCCUACACAGGAGGAAGAAGAUUUGGCUCAGCCUACCGCCGUCAUUACCGAGGGUGAACCAGGUGCUGGUGCUGGCGAACCAGCACCAGGAGCACAGCCUGGUCUAGUCGAUCAGUUAGAGUCUCUCAACGGUUCAGGCGACCCAGCUGAUAUUCCCUCUCGAUUUGGAGAAUUCGGAGGACAAUACGUCCCAGAAUCUCUUAUGGAUUGCUUGGCAGAGUUGUUGAAGGGAUUCAACGAAGCUAGGAAUGACCCCAAGUUCUGGGAGGAGUUUCGCUCAUAUUAUCCCUACAUGGGUCGUCCCAGUAAACUUCACCUUGCCAAUCGUUUGACGGAGCAUGUCGGAGGUGCGAAUAUCUAUCUGAAAAGAGAGGAUUUAAACCAUACUGGGAGUCACAAAAUCAACAACGCACUUGGUCAGGUCCUCCUUGCUCGAAGACUGGGAAAGAAGCGUAUCAUCGCCGAGACCGGUGCCGGUCAGCACGGUGUCGCAACUGCCACUGUCUGUGCCAAGUUCGGCCUGGAAUGUGUUGUUUACAUGGGUGCGGAGGACGUGCGACGUCAAGCAUUGAACGUUUUCCGUAUGAGACUGUUGGGCGCAUCAGUCGUCGCUGUUGAUGCUGGUACCAAGACUCUCCGUGACGCCGUCAACGAAGCAAUGCGCGCAUGGGUCGUUGAUCUCGACACAACCCACUACAUCAUCGGGUCUGCCAUUGGACCACACCCCUUCCCCACGAUCGUCCGUACCUUCCAAUCUGUGAUUGGUGACGAGACCAAGGAACAAAUGAUGGAGCUCACAGGAAGAUUACCAGACGCUGUUGUCGCUUGUGUCGGCGGGGGAAGUAAUGCCGUCGGCAUGUUUUAUCCUUUCUCCAACGACCCCAGUGUGAAGCUGCUUGGUGUCGAAGCCGGUGGUGACGGAGUCGACACAGGCCGUCACGCCGCCACGCUGAGCGGUGGAUCCAUGGGUGUCCUACACGGCGUACGCACAUACGUCCUCCAAGACAAAAACGGCCAAAUCCAAGACACCCACUCCGUCUCCGCGGGUCUGGAUUACCCGGCCGUCGGACCUGAGCUGAGUAACUGGAAAGAAAGCUCUCGAGCGAAAUUCAUCGCUGCCACUGACGCUGAAGCUUUCAAGGGGUUUAGAUUGCUCACCCAGUUGGAAGGUAUUAUCCCUGCGUUGGAGUCUUCACAUGCUGUCUGGGGAGCUGUUGAGCUUGCCAAGACGAUGAAGAAGGGAGAGAAUAUCGUUUUGAAUUUGAGUGGUAGAGGUGACAAGGAUGUGCAGAGUGUGGCUGAGGAAUUACCUCGUCUUGGUCCUCAGAUUGGAUGGGAUUUGAGGUUUUGA